AUGAACCAAAUUAAAUCAGAAUUUAUCAGACAGAUCAUUCAACUCGACAGUUUAUUUGACUUGGUGAAUGAAUUUGCUGGAGAAAUGGAGAAUGAUAAAAAAGAUAAAUUUAUGGAAAAGAUAACUGAAAUUAUUAAAACAAAAAAUGAUUUAAAAAGGACAAGUAUUGAACCUUUAGUGAAAAAUUUCAUUGAAGAGUUAAAAUCUGAAAAAUUAAAAGCUGAAGAAACACCGAAAGAUUUAACUGAGUUUUGUGAAUUUGAAUCGAGAAAUAAAAUUCCAGAAUUAGAGAGAUUAUUUAUCAGUCAGAUAAUUCAACUCGACAGUUUAGAAUCAAAUGAGGAUAAACUUGAAAAUUAUGUUGACUUGGUGAAUGAAUUUGCUGGAAAAAUGGAGAAUGAUAAAAAAGAUAAAUUUAUAGAAAAGAUUACUGAAACUAUUAAAACAAAAAAUGAAUUAAAAAGGACGAAUAUUGAACGUUUAGUGAAAAAUCUCAGUGUAGAACUUGAAGGGUUAAAAACUAAAGAAACUUUUGAGUAUGUAAAUUCAUUUGCAAUGAACAAAAUUAAAUCAGAAUUAGAGGAAUUUUUUAUCAGACAGAUAAUUCAACUCAACAGUUUAGAAUCAAAUGAGGAUAAACUUAAAAAAUUUCGUGACUUACUGGAUGAAUUUGCUGGAAAAUCAGAGGAUGUUGAUAAAAAUGAAUCUGGAAAAGAUGAGGAUGUUGAAAUAGAUAAAUUUAUAAAGGAGAUAACUGAAAUUAUUAACAAAAACAAUUAUUUACAAAGGAAAAUUAUCGAACCUUUAGUGAAAAAUUUCAUUGAAAGAAUAAUUGAAAUGAUAGAUGAUAAAAAUUUUAUGUUUGAAGAUAUUAAAGAUGCACUAAAUGGGAUUAAAGAUAUCGAUAAAGUACGUCCAAUGAACAUAUUUUCGGAAAUUCUAGCUAAUUCAGAAGUUUUUAUUAAUAUAGUAACUGAAGUAAAAGAUGAUUUUAAAAAGUGGUAUGAUGAUUAUGACAAAUUAAAGGAAGAUCGUCCUCAUAAAAUAGUGCUAUCAUAUUUUAAAGACAGAAAUACAGAUGAAAUUGAUGAUGAGUUGACAAAAGAUAUUCUUGAACGAUUAACUAAAUUGAAAGAGUUAGAAAAGGAUCAAUGGAAGUCCAAAAUAAAAGAAUUAAAGAGUCAUUUUAUUAAACGAUUAAAGAAGAUUGAAGAUUUUUCGAAUAAAAAUAAUUUGGAUAUUGAUAUUUCAAAUAUUGAAACAAAUUAUACUUUAAAAAAUUUAAUGAAUUUAUUUUAUCCUGACAUUGAAUAUGAAAUACUUGCGAGUAAAUUAUUAAACGAUAAUGCUAUCGUUAUUUUAACAAAAUUUGGUAUUUUUAUUUUUCAUUUAAAUAAAUUUAUGAGGUCAAUAUCUUUGAAUCAUUUUCACCGUAUGUAUGAGCUGGAAGGUAUUAUUAAAAAAAUCAGAGAAAAUGUCGGGUACCUACUUGACGUUGAAAAAGCUGAUCAAAAUAAUGAUAUUUAUGAUAAAUUCAUUUAUGGAUAUGUUUUAUAUGUUAAAGAUAGCAAUGAAGACUUUUUAAAAUAUGGCACGGCAUUAUUAAUGUUUGCCAUUGAAGCACAUGAUACAGAUUUGAUAGAUGACAUUUAUAAGAAAUGUCUAAAAAUAUUUAAUCAAGAUUUAGAAGCAAAUAAUCCAAGACAACCUUAUAGUUUGGAUAAUCCACCUUCACCUACAAAUAACGAUAUCAAUAAUCUUUGGAAAUUAACUAUACCUGAUACAAAUACAAACAUGUUUACAGGUUAUGAUACUGCACUUUUUUCAAUGUAUUUAUUCCUUACAGGAGAUUCAAGUGCUUUAUCUAAUUGGGAAUAUAAAUCUCUUACUUUCUUAAUAGUUUUAUUUUCUUUGUUAAUUGCUGUAUACCUUAUGAAUUUGUUGAUUGGAUUACUUAGUAAUGCGAUUGACAAUGAUAACAAUGAAACUUCAUAUUUUACACAAAAAGCAAAGAUUUUAGCAGAAAUUGAGUUAUUUUACUUAUUUCCAAAUCAAAGACGUUGGAAAACCUGGUUUCCCGAUGUGAUAUAUUAUCAUGCUGAUUUUGAUGAGACAUGUAGAAAAAUUAGGGAACUAAUUAAAGAGAAUGAAUGGGAUUCUAAACAAUUUCCAGAAAUGAAACAAAAUUUGUUAAACAAGCUUAAUAUUCAGGAAAAGUCUGAUAAAGAUGUGUUAGAUAUACUUUUAAAAAGGUUGAAAGAUAUAUCUGAAGUUCAGAAUUCAAAUGAGCGAAUUUUGAAUGAAAUAAGAAAUCGCUGA